AUGGGUGACGGUACAGAGUCCAUUACGCGCAACAUUGGCAACCUGCUCCUUGAUGGCAGAUUUUCAGAUCUGAAGAUCAUAUGCCAGGGCGAAGAAGUCAAAGUCCACCGCGCCGUGGUGUGCAACAGGUCUGCAGUCCUCGCCGAAGAGUGCGACGGUGGAUUCCUGGUAAUUUGACCCUCGCAUGCUCCUCUUGAGAUUCUCACUGAUUCCGCAGGAUGGGGAGUUUCGCGUGAUCAAGCAUUCACUCUUUGAUGCGGACACGCUUAAGCGCUUGCUGCACUUUCUGUACCGGGGGAGCUAUACCCUCAAAGACGCCGACCAUAACGACUCUGCUGAGUCGUCUCCCGGCAUUGCCGCCUCUGCGCAACAGACCUCGCAGCACCAGCUCGCUACGCCACAGCAGCCCUCGAGCGAGACCACCGAGAGGUCGCUCUCAGAUUCCAAAACAGAUGGCCUCCCAACGGCAGAGGAGCCUGAAUCUCUGGGACAGGCCGAGGCUUUUGUUGCGCAUGCGUCCGUCUUCGAAGCUGCAAGCCACUACGAUAUCCCGGAGCUAAAGGCCUCCGCGCUCGCGAAUUUCAAACAAGAGAGGGAAAAUCUAAGCUCACUUACCACCGAUGAGUUCACCACCAUUGCGUUUAUCGUCUAUCAGAAAUCCGUCGCCCCGGCCCUGCGUUCUGAAGUCUUGAAGAUAGCCAUUAAGCAUAGACACAUGUUGCUGCACGACGACGAAUUUGUCAAAGUCAUGCGCGAGGAGCAGGAACUUCGAUUAUUCGCCACGGACUUCCUGCGACACUUCAACAAAUGGCACGACUUGCGGAUCGCGCAGGAGCGUCGAUCCUUCGAGACCGAAUCCCGGCAGCUCAGGGAAGACAAAGCGGCCGUCUCCGCAGAGCUGGCCACCGUCAAGAGCCAACUCCGUGCCGCGAAUUCUCACCUCGAAAUGGAGAAGCGACAAGUUACGCAGCUCAAGGCACUCAACGAGAUCGAGUCUUGUCGGCACUGCGGAUUCGCUUUCACGUACGGCUUAGAGGGCGACGGUCCAGGUCAACACCUGGCACGAUGUUUCUAUUGCGGCACCAGGCAUCGCAUGCCAUUCUAG